UUUCAUUUCCUUCAUCUUAAUAUAAUUCAACUAUUUCAUUUCUUUGCUUACUCAGCUCACGUCCCAUAAAAAAAACUUAUCUUUGUUUUUAAAAUUAUUUUCUUGUGUCAGCACUUGCUUGUUUGCUGAAGGGUCUUUUCUAUUGUGUGUUAUCUCUCUCUGGGUUUAUAUAUUUCAAUUUUCUAUUACUACAUAUUCGUUUUAUUUUACUAAAUUUUUUGUUUGUUGCGGGUUGUCUGCUGAGAACAUGUGGGACUUUAUUCCUUGCCUCCCAUUAAAGGGCAGUUCUUGAUGGUUUUUUGGAUCUACAAUCCCUGAUUUUUGGGAUGGUUUUAUUGUUUUAAAGCUGGGAAAAUAAAUUUAAAAAAAAAAGUAAAAAUUCAGGCUUUAGGUUCUUUAAUGUAGGCAAAGGCAUGUCCUUUGUUUCCUCUGUUUUUUUUGCCCUUCAGCUAUGAAAAGUUUGAGUUUCUGAGCUUUUCAUGUUCCCUUCAAAUGCGGGAUUUUCGAAAGGGUACCUUAUUGUUUGUUCAAUAGAUUUAGUUUGUUUUAUUCUUGUUUUAAAAAGGGCGGUUUCAAAGUAUGGGGUCUGGAAAUGAUUUUUUUUCAACUCAAGAGUUCAAUUUAGAUGCUAAGUGGUUGAUUGAUCCUCAGCAGCUUUUUGUUGGUCCUAAGAUUGGUGAAGGUGCUCAUGCUAAAGUAUAUGAGGGAAAAUACAAGGAUGAGACUGUCGCUAUUAAAGUUGUUCGAAGAGGGGAAACCCCUGAAGAGAUUGCAAGGAGAGAAGGAAGGUUUGCAAGGGAAGUUGCAAUGUUAUCCAGAGUUCAACAUAGAAAUCUAGUGAAGUUUAUUGGAGCUUGCAAGGAGCCUAUCAUGGUCAUAGUAACUGAGCUCUUACAAGGUGGGACAUUGCGUAAGUACCUUCUGAAUUUGCGGCCGAAGUGCUUGGACUUGCGUGUAGCGAUUGGGUUUGCACUUGAUAUCGCUCGUGCAAUGGAAUGCUUACACUCCCAUGGAAUCAUUCAUCGGGACCUGAAACCUGAGAACUUGAUCUUGACCGAAGACCAUAAGACAGUUAAGCUAGCAGAUUUUGGUUUAGCCAGGGAAGAAUCGUUAACCGAAAUGAUGACUGCUGAGACCGGGACAUAUCGUUGGAUGGCUCCUGAGCUUUAUAGCACGGUCACACUAAGGCAGGGAGAGAAAAAGCAUUACAAUCAUAAGGUGGAUGCCUACAGCUUUGCUAUUGUGUUGUGGGAACUCAUCCAUAACAAGUUGCCUUUUGAAGGCAUGUCAAAUUUACAAGCGGCUUAUGCAGCUGCUUUUAAGAAUGUCAGGCCUAGUGCCGAGGACCUUCCGGAAGAUUUGGCAUCAAUUGUGACUUCAUGUUGGCAAGAGGAUCCAAAUGCUCGGCCCAAUUUCAGCCAAAUCAUACAGAUGCUAUUACACUAUCUCUCGACCAUUUCACCACCCGAGCCUGUGAUGCCUCCUAAGAGAACGACUUCAGAAAAUGCUGUAUUGCCACCGGAGUCUCCUGGUACAAGUUCAUUGAUGGCUGCAAGAGAUGACGUAGUGGAAACCCCAAAAGCCACUGAAGAAGACCAGCCUAGAAGCUUCCUGUUCUGCUUCAACCAGUGUUACUGAAUCUCUCAGAUGCACAACUUCACUUUCGAGGAUAUCACAAACUAAUAUUUAGGGGAGUUCAAUAAGAUAACUAGUCUCGGAUAUUAGAAAGAAUACAAUCUAAUCGGAUUAGUUUAGUUCAGUUAUAACAUGUAUAUGACAGAAAGCUGUCUGGUAUGAAUCUGAUGUGUCUGUUAGCUUUACAUACUGAUUUACAUGAAUUUUAGAAUGCCCUGACCAAGAUGGUUCAGAAAACUUAUGGGGUUUAGGGGUUGCUGUGAUGGAAAUAUCAAUGUAUAUAAGGUGCAUCCUAAUGCCUAUGCUCUUGUUUUCUUCUUUAGACAUUGCAUUAGCUUUUACGUUUUGACAUGCUAUGCUACUCCAACUCGGAUACGAGUGUUGUCUGUAUAAAAUUUCAAGGGGUUUUUGAAGGGUUA